AUGUUUCUAUCAACGUUAUUUGAAGAAAGACUAGCUGGUACUUUUCACAAGUAUGGACAGAUAAUAGCGAGAAAUCCUAUUUCAGCAAUAAUGUUUGCAAUCAUGCUUAAUGGGCUUUUGGGUAUAAAUAUUUUGUGGAUGAGGUCCAAUAGUGAUCUGACAGUUUAUACCCCUAGUAAUAGCCAGGCAUACCAAGAUAGUGCGUUGGUGCGAACAAAAUUUCCCGAUUUUACUGGUACGAAUUUCUAUGAACAAAGCUUGCUUGACCUUGGCAGGUAUGGAAGUAUCAUUAUAAAAUCACCAAACGAUGGAAAUGUAUUGAACGAGACAUUUCAAUCAAAUAUAAACACAAUUAUAAACACGGUGGAAGAAAUUUCAAUCGAACACGAAGACCAGACAUAUUUAUAUAAAAGUUUAUGUGCACUUCCUUUGAAAAUAAAUUUCUACUUAAGGCAAGACUUACAUUCAAGCAAUGUAUUAGCAUCGAAGUGGGAACAGAAAUUCAUAGAUACAUUUCAGUCGUUUGUUUCUAGUGCAGGCAAUCAAAAUAUUAGUAUUGCAUUUGCUAAUUCAGACUCUCUAGGGAAAGAACUAGAUGCCAACACUGGUGGUGAUAUUUCAUAUUUUUCUUUAACGUUUACGUUGAUGAUUACAUACGCCUCUUUCGUGGCAGCUGGUGGGAACUGCGUAUCAAAUACUGGACAUUUAGGUCGUGCGGGAGUGAUUGCUAGUGGUUUGUCCAUUUUAGGCGCCUUUGGACUUGGUAGUGCUUUAAAUGUAGAAUUUGUAAACAUCGUUGGAGUCAUGCCAUUUCUCAUUAUUGGUAUUGGUGUGGAUGAUAUGUUUAUUCUGAUGUCAGGACUAGCAUCUGCACCUUUAAACAAAUCAACUGAAGAGCGUGUUGGGAAAACUAUGCAAUCAAGUGGAGUAGCUAUCACAAUAACAUCACUGACAAAUGUGACAGCGUUUGCGGUAGGGAUGUUGUCAUCAUUUCAGAGCGUCCGGAACUUCUGUUUGUACUCUGGUUUGGCUGUGCUACUGUGCUAUGUCAAUCAGAUGACUUUUUUCCUUGGUUGUAUGAGCAUACAUGAACGAAGAGUUGCAGCUCAAAGACAUUGCAUUACAUGCCUCACAACAAAAAGCAGGGAAGAAAUGAAUAGCGAAGGAGGAAAUUGUUUGAAAAUAACAUGCUGUGGUGGAUCCCCACCUUCCUCAAGAAGCGACCAAGAAAGUUUUCUUCAAAAAUUUCCAUCUAUAGCAUUUCCAAAAUUAGUCUUAUGGCUUCCAUUUAAAAUCUUAGUAAUAGUAGGUUUUUUUGUUUAUUUGGGAUUCUCAAUAUGGGGAGUUGUUCACUUAAAGCAUGGUCUUCUCCUUCGCAAUUUGGUGUCUGAAUCAUCAUAUUACCAUUCAUACAGUAUCUGGGAUUACGACCUUUUUCCUUCAAAAUUUAUCAUUUCCUUGAUUUUUCCCUCAAAAAUUAAUUAUGAAUCAAUCGAAACUCAAGAUGCAUUUGAAGAUAUUUUGACUAAAAUCAAACAGGAUCAAGGCAUACAUACAGAAAAUGAAAUUAACUGGCUGAUUUCAUAUAGAUCAUCAAAUGUAUAUGACAAUUCAUCUGAGCAAUCGUUUUGCUUAAAUUUAAAAAAAUACAUUUCGAAUUCAUCGUUCUCAAAUGAUGUUAUAUUUAGCGAUAACUGUACCGUUUCCCAUUCAAGAGUCCAUAUGAUAACAAAUGAUAUCAAAGACUCAUACAUGCAAGGAGAGUUGAUGUUGAGGAUAAGACAAAUAACGGAAGAAUCGGACGUAGGAAUAUUUUCUUUCUCGCCUGCUUUUAUUUAUUUUGAGCAGUACGUUGCCGUUCUUCCGAAUACACUACAGACCGUUGGUAUAGCAGUGGCUGCUGUUCUUAUUGUAACUAGUAUAUUCCUGUCGAAUGCAUUAGUCAUUUUGUUAGUUACCUUGUCAAUGGCAUUCAUAAUGCUAGGAAUUUUCGGUUUCAUGCAUCUAUGGGGACUUUCUUUAAGUUCAAUUACAAUGAUUCAUUUAAUAAUGAGUGUCGGAUUUUCUGUUGAUUACACCGCACAUAUAUGUCAUGCCUUUUUAACUGUUGAUGGCGAAAACAGAAAUGAGCGGGUAAAUGAAGCAAUCAUUCUGUCAGGUGGUCCAAUAUUUAACGGGGCCAUGUCAUCAUUAAUUGGGAUAAUCAUGCUCGCAUUUUCUGAAUCUUACGUUUUUAUUUCUUUUUUUAAAGUAAUGGUUCUUGUAAUUUUGUUCGGUCUUGGCCAGGCAAUUUUGUUUCUCCCUGUUAUUUUGUCACUUAUUGGGCCUAACAAAACUUCGAUCCACGAAAAGAAAACAAUAUUUACGAAGGAAAAACAUGCACAUGUAAAUAAAGGAUUCACUAAACACGACAAUCGUUUAUAA